AUGCCGCCGCAUGGUGCGCACAGAGUAAAUAGCAUUGAAGGGGCAGAAGCUGAAGACUUGGUGGUUAGUGUUGAUGAGAUUCAGACUUCUUUGCUAGUUGUCAAGGGCCGUUUACUGAAUGGGGGUGUCUACCCGGGCUGUGAUGAGGGCUGUAUUGGUUGUGAUGAAUCUGAGAAUGGGUGUGAACGGUUGAGGGCCGGUAUCCAGGGUUUGAUGGAUGAGGGUUGUCUGCAAUUCAGUCGGGCUGACAGAGAUCGCGGGUCAGUGUCAACUGUCACUAUCUUUUUCAAACCGUCUGAAGGACGUGGUCCGAGGGCUGUUGGUGCGCCUACAACAAGUGGUACUCCUGUUACCAUCUUUGCACCUGUAACUGGUGUUAUAGUAACCGCCAGGAAUCCAACAACCAAUGUUGCUCCGGCCAGAAGGGCUAUUGAUACUCGGGUUGUGCCAUGGAAAUAUGAUAACGCGUAUCGCAGUAAUCGGAGGGCUGAGAAUCAGACGAGGCCGGUAAAUCAGUCGCCUGUGAUAAUUGUUGUGCCCAGUAGAAAUCCUGCGGUGGUGAGUCCCGUUGUGGACAAUGUUGGUGGACCAGGAGGUUUUACUCGAAGUGGACGUUUGUUUGCUCCGCAACCGUUAAGAGACAACAAUGCCGAGGCUCUCGCCAAGGCUAAGGGAACACAAUUUCAUAACAGGAUAAUUAGUAGAUCAUCGACGGACACAAAAGACAUUAAUCUUGAUAGUGUGCCCAUUGAAAAUGAUAAUCUUAAUAGUGUGCCCAUUGAAAAUGAUAAUCUUGAUAGUGUGCCAAUUGUUGAUGAAGUUAAUAAUGAUGAUGAUGAUGAUAAUGUUGAUUAUGAUAUAUUUGAUCCAAGAAAUUGGGAUCGUCUUCAACCUAAACUGAUUGAUUUAUUAGUUGUGAAAGGUCCUAAAAGAGAUCAUUCUAUUGUGAAGGGUCCUAUAGAUAGUUUGAAUAGAAGUUUUACGGCUAAUUUGUAUACUAGAGCUUUAGCAAAUGGAGAGGGUUAUAGUGAUUGGGUACAUGUUGGUGAAAGAAUUAAAGAGCACGAGUUAGGUAUGGAACAUGUUAAAAAUAUGACUACUUGGUAUGAGUAUCGCAAAAGGCUGCAAAUAUUUCAAACUAUUGAAAAAACAACUCAAAGAUUAAUUGAGAAAGAAAAGGAUCACUGGAAAAAUAUUUUAAAAAGAGUUAUUUCAAUAGUGAAAUUUCUUGCUAAACAUAAUUUAGACUUUCGUGGUUCUAAGGAGAAAUUGUACGAAGAUAGCAAUGGAAACUUUUUGGGUUUGAUUGAAAUGUUAGCUGAAUUUGACUCAAUCAUCCAAGAACAUGUUAGAUGUGUUACAACUCAAAAAGUUCAUAUUCAUUAUCUUGGGCAUAACAUACAGAAUGAGUUGAUUUCAUUGCUUAGUUCUGCGAUUAAAAUUGAAAUCAUUAGAAAAAUCAAACAGGCAAAGUAUUUUUCAGUGAUACUCGAUUGUACUCCUGAUGUUAGUCACCAAGAGCAGAUGUCUUUGAUAAUAAGAUAUGUGUAUAUUUCUUCAGCUUCUGUUAGUAUUGAGGAAUCAUUUUUAGGAUUUUUGAAUGUGAAUGAUACAAGUGGUCAGGGGCUUUUUGAUGUUUUACAAAAUGAAUUGAAAGAACUUGGUCUCGACCUAUUUGACGUGAGAGGGCAAGGUUAUGAUAAUGGGUCCAAUAUGAAAGGAAAACACCAAGGUGUGCAAAAUAGUUUUUUAGGCAUAAAUCCGAGAGCCUUUUAUACUCCUUGUGGUUGUCAUAGUCUUAAUUUGGCAUUAUGUGAUAUGGCUAACUCUUGUAUUAAAGCUAGGAAUUUUUUUGGAGUUGUUCAACAUAUUUAUACAAUUUUUGCCAAUUCUACUAAGAGAUGGCAGAUUUUGAAAGAUAAUGUAAAAGGGUUGACUCCAAAAUCAUUGUCAUCCACUCGUUGGGAGAGUCGUGUAGAAAGUGUCAAAGCUAUAAGAACUCAAAUGUUAGAAUUUACAGAAGCUUUGCUUGAAGUGUCAGAAAAUGAUCUUGAUCCUAAAAUACAAAAUGAAGCUAAAUCCUUAGCAACAAAUGAGCUUGGUGAUUUUGAGUUUUUGAUGGCUAUAAUUAUUUGGUUUGAAAUAUUAUCUGCAAUUAAUUUUGUUAACAAGCUUUUACAGGAAAAGGAUAUGCUUAUUGAUGUUGCUAUGCAAAAAAUUAAGGGGUUGAUUUCGUAUUUUGAGGGAUAUAGAGAAAUAGGUUUUUAUAAGGUAUUGAUUAACGCUAAGGAAAUUGCGGUGGAAUUGAAUAUUGUCCCAAUAUUUCCUCAAAGGCGUAUAAUUAAAAGAAAAAGGCAAUUUGAUGAGAAUUUGAAUAUCUCAUCAGUCGAGCUAUCAAAAGAAGAAUCAUCCAGGGUUAAUUAUUUUCUUUACCUUGUUGAUCAAGCUAUUGUUUCACUUAAUAAGAGGUUUGAGCAAUACCAAGAGUAUGAAAGUAUUUUUGGUUUCUUGUUUACUUCUCACAAGUUACAAUCAUUAGAUAAUGCAACUUUGAAGUCUUGUUGUACUAACUUUGAGCAGACAUUGAAACAUAAUGAGCAAUCUGAUAUUGAUGGGAAUGAAUUUUUUGCAGAGUUGAAGUUACUAAGAGAAAUGUUGCCUGAAGAAACCAUAAGACCUACUGAUAUAUUAUUAUUUUUAAAAGGCUUGAAUUGUUUUCCUAAUACAGUUAUUGCAUAUAGAAUCUUAUUGACUAUUCCUUUGACAGUUGCUUCUGCAGAAAGAAGUUUUUCAAAAUUGAAGUUGUUAAAGACUUACUUGCGGUCUACCAUGUCACAAGAAAGGCUUAAUGGAUUGACAUUAAUAACUAUUGAAAAUGAUAUUUUGGAGACAAUAAAAUAUGAAGACUUAGUUGACGAUUUUGCUUCAAAAAAUGUUCGUAGGAAGGCUCUUUUUAUGUAG